ACACAUCACAUCACAUCGUCAGGGAAACAGACUUCGACACAACACGUGACGUUACCCAGCAUUCUGCGGGCGCGCUGACAGAAACCGACAGAGGAAGAAGAUGCAGAUCGUCUGAAGUUUAAUCCAGGCCGCUGCCCUGUCUGUGGUGAAACACAGUUGAAUACUGAGGCCUUGUGGCAUGAAAAUCCUCAGAUAUGGAUUACAAGGUUGUGUUUUCAACCUUGGAGACCGUGUGUGAAGACAACAUCUCUAUUCUGUGUGGGCCUUCUGAGUCUUCUGACUUGCCGUACGGCACUGUUGCCGAGCGCCUGAUCACAUGUCUGAGACAGAUUCAGGAGCACGGUCGAGCUCUGGAGCCCGUGGUCGCCAGCUUCACCGCCAUUUAUCACCACUAUGACUUCGACGCACAAACGCCGGGGAAUGGAUACCGCACCCUGGUCAAGGUCUUACACUCCUGCCUCUUGCACAUCAUUCAUAAGGGCCGGUACAUCGCCUCUAACUACAACAGUGCCUUCUUCAGGGCCGAGCACAACGCGUCUGAGAUGGAGGCGUACUGCAGCGCCCUGUGUCAGCUGCGCGCCCUCCUCCACCUCGCCGAGCAGCUGAUCAGUGACAACGACUGCGGCCAGCUGUACUCCCUACAGGACAGGGAGCUGAGCCGCAGGUUGGUGCAGGAGUACAGCUCCAUGCACAAGGCCUGUUUCUACGGCCGCUGUCUGGGCUUUCAGUUCUCUCCGACCCUCCGUCCGUUCCUCCAGACCGUUGUCAUCAGCAUGGUUUCCUAUGGAGAGACGUAUGGGAAGCAGCAGUCUGGGUUGGGUUUGGCAGCUCUCUCUCUCCUCACAUCAGGGAAGUACGUCAUCGAUCCUGACCUGCGGGGCGCUGAGUUUGAACGCAUCACCCAGAACCUGGAUUUGCAGUUCUGGAAGUCCUUCUGGAACCUCACAGAGUCCGGCCUUAUAACAGGCUUCAACAGAAUAGCCUCAAACCAAGUGCAGGUGAACUUCACCCUGACUGUGCCUCCUGUCACACUGCGCCUUCCUCUGGCCUCAGACCCCAGUCUAACAGCCACUGUGUCACCUCCAAUAGCCCACUGGGGCCCCGGGCCGGUCCACAUGCGUCUGAUCUCCUACGAGCUUCGAGAAGGACAGGACAGUGAAGAGCUGCUGGCUUUCUCCCGAGCCGACCCUCCUCCCAUCUCCGUGUCUCAUCUCCCCUGGGUGCAGAAACAGCCUCGCUCCCCCUGGCUGCUCAUCCACUUCCACGGAGGAGGUUUUGUCGCUCAGACGUCCAGAUCUCAUGAGAAUUACAUUCGGAGCUGGUCGAAGGAGCUGAACGUCCCCGUCCUCUCCGUCGACUACUCUCUGUCACCUGAGGCGCCGUUUCCCCGAGCUCUGGAGGAGUGUUUCUACGCCUACUGCUGGGCACUGAACCACUGUCACCUGCUGGGCUCCACAGCGGAGCGGGUCUGUCUGGCGGGGGACAGCGCCGGAGGAAACCUCUGCAUCACUGUGUCCAUGAAGGCCAUGUCCAGCGGCAUCCGAGUCCCCGACGGCAUCAUGGCCGCCUACCCCGCCACCCUGCUCACCACCGACGCCUCGCCCUCCCGCCUGCUCACGCUCAUCGACCCAAUGUUGCCUCUAGGUGUUCUCGCUAAGUGCAUCAACGCCUAUGCAGGUACAGACUCGUGCACGGUGCAGCCUGCGGUGGGCAGCAGCAGUCUGAGCGCUCUGGGCAGAGACACGGCUCUGCUGCUCAGCGAUCUCACCCAGGGAGCCUCCAACUGGAUCCAGUCCUUCCUGGACCCCAUGCGGAGCUCAGGUGGAGCACGCUCCCUGUCGUCGCCACAGAGGAGGUCUCAGAGCGGCGAGACCCACAGGACGUCCAAUCACACCUCCACGCUGGCUCCCGGAGCUUACCCACAAGGCUUUGAGCCCCUGCGCUCCGAGUGUCUGGCUUUCAUUCGCCCGACCUCGUGUCCCAUCAUCAGGAACCCGUUUGUGUCACCGCUGCUGGCUCCAAACAACCUGCUGAGAGGCCUGCCGCCCGUCCACAUCGUGGCCUCUGCUCUGGACGCCUUGCUGGACGACUCUGUGAUGUUUGCCAAGAAGCUGCGAGACAUGGGUCAGCCGGUGACUCUGACGGUGGUGGAGGACCUGCCCCACGGCUUCCUCAGCCUAUCACAGCUCGCCAAGGAGACGGUGGUCGCCACUGAAGUGUGUGUGGCGCGAAUGAAGGAGAUUUUUGAGCAAGAAAACCCGACGUCUGCACUUCACAAACGGCCAUAGUACCCGUCCCUCCGGCUGGUCUUUCUGUCCUUCUUGGGACUGAAAGAGAGAACUGACAGAAUGUGGAGAGACGGAUGCAAUAAGUUUAAAUAAAGGAAACAAGAGUUAAGAGGAUGCAACAAAACUGUAAAGAUGGAGGAAGCCACACAACAACGAUGUUCUUGUACCAGCUCUAAUAUGAUCCUACAUGAUGAUUAGAAAAGGAAAUAAUCUGUAUUUUUCUACUAAGAUUCACACACUGAGGAUGCAGAUGAAACGCACAUAGAAAAUAUCACAGACUGACAUUAAAAAUCACCAUAACCAGCCCUGACAGUGACUCACACACUGACCUGUCAGUAACAGGAAGCUGUUGUGCCUUCAGAUUAAAGUGUUUGGAUCGAGGUUUACUUGUACAGGAAACACACUUCAGAUGCACUGUAGUAUUGUUAUUAUUAUUGUUAUUAUUAUUGUUAUUAUUAUUAUUAUUAUUAUUAUUAUUAUUAUUAUUAUUAUUAUUGUUAGAUUAAAUAUAUCAUCUGUUUUUUCCAGUUUGUCACAUGUUUACAACAUAUUGAUCAGGAGGCCUUCACCUUGUAUUAACCAGCAGGAUGUGGAUGUGGGUGUAAAAGUAACUUGUUCUAAUGUAAAUUAAUUCAUAAAUAUUAUAUAUAUUUAACACAGUGUUGUUAAACUUAAAGUCUAUUAAAUCAAAGCUGCAAAUAUUCCUGGUGUUGAUGUUUCCUUUGAUUGAAGUGUUCAGACUU